AUGUUUUCAUACGGUGACAAUCAACCGAAUAACAACAACCUUGGCCAAUAUCAACAUCGAAGAGAAUCAAUAAUUGGAGGAAGGACAAAGAAGAAGUCAACUUCACGAUCUAAACAAUCGGAUUUCCCAGUUGCUUUCUACUCUGAUUUUGAUAGUGAUGAUAUUGAUGAGGCUCCUAUCAUUCGUCUAAAUAAUUCUAAAGAAGAAUCAAACGAAACUGAAUCAAACAUCCAAACAACACCACGAAAGAAAAAACGAAAGAAACGACAAUCUUCUUGUGGAGAAUGCGGAGUAAACUGUAGAAGAUAUGGUUUCCGAAUUAUGAACCUAAUUUUUGUCUUGUUUGUUUUUCAAACAUUUUUUGGGAUUUUGGCUUCUUUCGUCUUGCUGUUCUCUAGUGGAUCCGAUAUUUACAAAAACACAAAUGGAUACGAAAGGUGGCAAAUGAGCUACAAACUAAGGAUGGGAGUUGUGAAAAUUCAAAAUUCUGCUAGAACUCUGGUUGACUUGAUGUUUUACACUCUCUACAUUGGAAGAUUGAUGGAAUUGGAUCAUGAAAUUGAGUGGAUGCGAUUAUUACGAACAGCUGAGAGAAUGAUUAUCAGUCGACAAAUAUCUUCCAUUCAAUUUAUACGAUAUGAUGAUUAUUAUAUACUGUAUAGAAACCAUCUAUUCGAAACGAGCAAACAUUUCAAUACAUCAGAGGGCUUGAAAAAACAUUUCGUUUAUGCUGUAAGGAAUAAUAGUGCACUCCUAUUGUCGUAUUAUGAUUUGCAAUUGGUUGAUAGAGAACACCAUCAUAUUACUUCACCAACGGAUAGUGAUUGGUAUAGGGAGGUGCAGAGUUCACGUAAGGCGUCUGAGCCUUGUUGGACUCACGCAUAUUUGAAUGAGGAGAACUUGUAUUCAGUUUAUUUUGCCUAUCCAAUUUAUAGCCAAAUUCCAACAAGAAACCUGAGCAUGUCAGAGGUUAAUGAAACUAUUGUUGCUACUCAACCAAAAGAUUUAGUGCAGUUUAAUGGCACAUCUGAGGAUUAUUUAUUUGGAAUUGUUGCAUUAGAGUUCAAGAUCCAAUAUGUCAACACCUUUCUGAACACUUCCUCUUCGCUACAAUCAUUCAUAAUCAAUGGAACUGGAUAUGUUUUGGCAAGGAGUAGUGAUAGCGACUCUUCUAUUGAUGAACUUGCUCGUGAAAUAUAUAAUACUGGAUUACUAAACAUGAAUCUGAGUGCCAACGAAUCGUACAUUUUUGAUUAUAAGGGGAAAGUAGUGGAGAUUUCAACAGUUAGAGAUAAUUACAAUUUAACUUGGGCUGUUGUGACAACGAGUUUGGAAAGAAGUUAUUUCUCAGAAGUCAUAUCCACGGGUGUUGUUUCCGUCAUUUUAUUUAUUAUCUUAUUUGUAUUAGAAACCUUAAUUGUAUUGUGUAUUGUUCAAUCUAUUAACCAGCCUCUGAUAGAUAUUACCAAACAAAUGAAUAAUCUCAUUUCAUUUAAAGGCUUGGAAUCUCCAUACAAGAAACAUGCAACAGUAUUCAAUGAAAUUAGAGAAAUGGAUGAAAAUAUACAAAUUACACAGAGAGGAAUAUUUGCAUUCAGCAAGUAUGUUCCACACAUUGUUGCCAAGAUGAUUGUCUCAAAUAUGCAAGAGUAUGGGAAAAUUGGUUUGGAAUUAGAACCUAGCAUGACAGUCAUGUAUUGUGGAGUCAAUAAUUUUGCAGCACUUGCUGAAAAAACCGAAACCACAGCAUUUAUUCGAGUCAUUACCGAAUAUUAUAGCUCUAUAUCACAGGUAAUUGAAGCUCAUUAUGGAAUUAUUGAUAAAUUCAUUGAAGGUACUAUUAUGAUAUUUUGGAAUGAAAAAUCAUUCAGAUGUGCCAAUCAUGAAUCGCGAGCCUGUAAAGCUGCCAUUGAGUGUAUGGAAAUAUUAGAAGGUUUAAACACUAAAUGGAAUAAUUUAAUGGGUAUUCAAUUGAGUAUUUCUAUUGGAAUCACAUGUGGUGAAAUGCUUGUUGGUUGUCUAGGAAAUAAGAGUAGAAUGUCAUUUACUGUGAUUGGUGAUGCCUGUAAUAUUGCAUUAAGAUUACAAUCCCUAGCUCCAAAUUAUUGUGCCAUCCUUGUAAGUGGCGAGAUUGUUGAGAGAGUGAAGGAAGAGUUUGUUUUGUAUUUUGUUGAUCUAAUCAAAUUGAGAGGAAAGAGUAAUCCAACAUGUGUUUACAAUCUAGUAGCAUUCAGGAGUGAGGCUUCUGAUUUGGAGAAAAAGUUGGAAAAUGACUUGUUGCAAGCCAAAGAGCUUCUCUUCGCUGGUCAGUAUCUCCAAUUUUAUAGUGUUUGUGAAAGAUUGGCUGAUGUGUGGAGUGAUUCGGCAAUAGUUGUAAAGUUGUUCGAAAGAGCUAAACGAUUGGUUGCAUCAGAAGAGAAUAUAAGCGAUUCAGACAAGUCUGAUAGUGUCUUUUUAUGA